GUCUAUUGUUUUCUAUCUCAAGUGAUUUAUAAAAUCAAUAUCGCAAUGUCACUUAUAAUUUGUUUUUUAAACUAAAAAUUCGAAAUGUAACUUUCAACAAAUAAGAUUUUGUUUACUUCAUUAAAAGUUUAUUAUAACUUUUAAAUUAUAUUAAUUAUUGUUUGGCUGAUUUGUAACUUUUUGAACAAAAUGCUCGAAAAUUGUUUUUGACAAUUUUAACAAACUUGUUUUUACAUCUCGAGAAGUUGCUUCUUUUUUUGCAUUACGAUAUGAAUAUUUGGCAACGAAAAAAAAGAGGAAAUUUAUUUGAAAAUAAUGUGACGCUAGGAAUAAUUUUUUUUCUCUCUAGAAUGUGAAAUUAUUAUGCAAAAUGUAUAUAAAUAUUCAAGAGAAUUUGACAGAAUGGUUUUUCUAUACACCUGUUGUUUUCGAUGUAAAAACGAUUUUUAAUUUAUUUAACCUAUAAAAUAGACAAACACAAGAAAAAAAUAGCAACAUAAAUUAGAAAAAAAAAGCAAAAUUCUUAGUAACAUGGUGAUGCGUUGGCCGGGAAUUCAAUCUGCAAUCGAUAUUUUAAAAUCAACACGUCUCAGGGUUGAAAAUGUUGUCAAUGAAGGAUGUAAAGCGUUCACUGGUUUGAAAUUAAGUUAUUCACAAGAUUCACAAAACUACAAGCGACAUGACUUUGAGCAUAACAGUAACGAUAAUUUAUCCGUUAAUAAUUUAUUUAACAACAAUUUAUGUGACAAUAGUUUAAUAAAAAAUUGUGAGCUUCCAUACAAUCAAGAAAAAAAAACACCAAAGUAUCUUCAUACAACUAUUAGUGAAUAUUGGAAAGAUGCUCUUUAUAAUCAUUGGCUAAUAUUAAUUCAAGGUCUUAUUUUGGUUAUUUUAAUUAUGAUAAUUAGUCCAUGGAUUGGUCACGAUGGUAAUGAUGAUAAUUAUUCAGUCGAAGACAGUUAUUUCGAUCAUCGACCAGAUAUACAUCUUAAACAAUUACGAAAAACUCUUGAAGAUAAAUCAAACUCGUUUAGUCGAAAAGCAUGUGGCUUCUUUUCAUUUUUUUCCCCGGGAAAUGAUUAUAAUAAUUACAAUAAAAGAUCUGGAAUUUUGAGACGAAAACGAGCGUAUCGAAGAUUUUACUAAAAAAAAAAAAAAUGUAACUGUUUGAAAUAAAAAAAAAAAAAUUGUAAAAUGUAUACU